CCGCACCGGCAAUGGAGCGGCUGACGUUGCCCGCCGGCGGCGCGGCGGCGGUGGACGAGUACCUGGAGUACCGGAGAAUUGUUGGUGAUGAUGAUGGAGGGAAACUUUUUACUCCUGAAGAAUAUGAAGAAUACAAAAGGAAAGUUCUCCCCGGGCGCUUACAGAACAGGUUAUUCGUGAGCUGGAGGUCACCAGCAGGAAUGGAUUGUAAACUUGUUGGCCCAGAAACGCAGUGUUUUUGUACACAUAGGUAUAAGCAACAUAAAACUGACUUUGAAAAGCUUCCGCAGCAGCGCCCCAUUGAGCUGCCCUGCCGGGUGGCCGGCUGCCGCUGCAGGGCGUUCCUCUACGUCCCUUUAAACGGUGCCCAGCCCAUUCGCUGCCGGUGCAAACACUAUGCUGAUCAACACAGCGCUGCUCCUGGCUUCACGUGCAAUGCGUGUUCCAAGUGUUCAGGAUUCCACAGCUGCUUUACUUGUGCUUGUGGUCAACCUGCAUAUGCCCAUGACACAGUGGUGGAAACUAAGCAGGAGAGAUUGGCUCAGGGAAAGCCUGUGGGACGAGAUGUUCCUUACGCAGCAAUGGGAGGACUAACUGGUUUCAGCUCACUGGCAGAAGGCUACAUGCGAUUGGAUGACAGUGGGAUUGGUGCACCUUCAGUUGAAUUUUUAGAUUCUCCCGGUACGGCUGCAGACCACCCGUUUCUAAAAGCGUUCCAAGCACCGUCCAGCUCUUCUCCAGAAACACUGGCAGAUGCAGGUACAAGUAGUCAAGGUUCUACCUUACGGAAAUCUGAAGAGGACGAUAUGGCUUUCUUUGAAAGGCAAUACCAGGAAAGGGUGAAAAUGGAAAAGGCUGCUAAGCAGAAAGGCCAAGCUCCACUGCCAUCAACUACAAGGCCAUAAUGAAGACAACUGGGCAAAUCACAGCCGGCAACUGAACUGUCUUUUCAUGGUUCUUUUCAUGGAAUAAUAUUGUUCAUUUUCUCUUGAAUUAAUUUCUUUUUUUUUUUUACUGUAUAAAUAUAUCUUUUUGGAUGUUUAAUUUAUUUAAAUAAGUGAAAGUACCUUAUAUUAUUUUUGUCAAAAUUUUAUCACUUUAUACUUUGUAUAUGCUUUUGCUCUUUCCUAACAAAUGAGGUUGUUUUCAUAGGAGGCAAACCCUGAAAAUACAGUAAAUAUGUUUAAGUCUAUCAAAAUUUAAUUUUUCAGGCUAUCUAAAAAAUUAAAGCUGUUAUUUGAAAAUAUGUAAGGGCCACUUUGCCAUCUAAAAUAAUAAGUUGAAAUUAUUAAUUA